UUGACCCAAGUCGAGUUGAGUCUGAGUUGAGUCGAGUCAUCGGUCAGAUAUUUCGUAUACGCAUCAAGCGCAAAUUGGCGGAGCUACUCUUCGCAGACCUUUCCCACGGGAUAAAUAAGAAGGACUAUGUCUUCCAUAAUAACAUUUGCUGCCAAUAAUGAUCUCUUCCGGAAACGCAAGAGGGUCUUCCGCGCUUGCGAAUCAUGCAAGAAACGGCGGAAACGCUGCACACACGUCUUUGAUGAACCUGAUGCUGUGUCAGCGAAUGAACCUCAAGUAAAACUGCCAAGAAAGGCCCCAUCAAGUCCCCAAGCUCAAGGACAAGGUGGCAUAGUCGUGAAGAGCCAGGUGAAGUCAACAGGAAAUCUAUUUAAGGCCUCCGUUCUGAACGGCGAUGGCCACGAAACACCGUCGGGAUCACAAAAGAGGUCAAAGUCGCCAGUACCUCCUCGAUUUUAUGGAUAUCUGCAUCCCGAGACGGAAUUACGGCACCAGAUCCGUGAUCAGAGUCGCAACCCGCAGGUUCUCCGUCACCAAUGCGGCUAUUGGAUUCAGACAGAGGAUGGCUCGGAGAUGCCAGCGGCUGGAUUACCUCGCGAGUCACUCGCUCUGUCAGACCUGAGCAAUUCUGCGCAAGAGGCUCUUUCUAAGUACCUACAUGCGGUUGACUUCGGUAUUUGUCCACCUCGGCAACAUCAGGAUGCCAUGCUGGAAAUUUUCUUUUCUUUCGUCCACCCACUCCUUCCAGUGGUAGAGAAGGAUGUAUUUCUCAAGCAAUAUGCCGAGAGGUCCGAACCACGGCUGCUACUACAGGUUCUUUGCAUCAUCGCAUCCAAACAUGAUCAGGCGAGGAAGCAUUUGUACCUUGGUCAAUCAACGGAACUCCUUUCACCCCGCGAUUUCGCUCAGAGGCUGUAUAAGUCUGUUUGUGCCGCAUUGGAUGCUCGACAGGAGCCGAAUAGGAUUGUGUUAAUCCAGAUUAACGCCCUCCUGUCCAUGUAUUCGGAAGGAUAUGAUGGUUUCGAGCAAGCAUCCUUCCAUCUUGUCACCGCAAUUCAUCACGCCCAUACGAUCGGACUCCAAUUUGGGAGGGCACGCCAGUCGCAUCAUGACGAGUAUCUCGAUAACCUUUGGUGGUGUUUGUGGUCCCUCGACCGCGUUACUGCAUUCACCUGUGGCCGUCCGCUGAGUAUCAAUGACCGAGACAACCGUCUGGACAAGAUCACGACCCAAGAGGAUCGGAAGUACACACCGUUUGGUAUCUGGCUGCAGCUUUGUGAAAACGUUGACACGGUCAUCAACUACUACAGGCCGACUAAUGAACCUCUGACAAACAAUGGCUGGGAGAGCAAUUUCCCUGCAUUUGAAGACUUUCUAGGAGGCGAUGAACGAGUAGUUCAAAUAGACCCUACUCUUCUCGCCGCACUGGAGUUGUUCUAUUAUGCUGUCGCGAUGACAACAUACACGUCGAGAUCCUUGAAUGAUCCCGAAAGGGGUUCCCCAGCCUAUCUUCGCCAAAGUCAUUCAGCCGACAAAGUAAGAUGCAUCUUAGGUUCUAGAAGUCAUGAGAACCUCCCUCCAGUAUCUAUCAUCCCUUAUGCACUCUCGGUUGCCACCUCCGUCUCGUAUCGUCACUACAGACAGGCUCAAAUCCAACGGAAAAAGGAAGAGGCCCUUCAAGAGCUUACGACAUGUUGUGUCUUGCUACGAAGGAUGAGAUACCAAUGGUGGUCUGCCGCCGCUAUGGCCGAACUCGCCUCCGCCGCGCUUGCCAAGGCCGAUCGACAAGCAGAAGCGGCACGACAGCCUUCUGUUGAUGAACAGCAGAAAAACGAACCGGAGUCUCGCUUACAUGCACUUGCCGCCCUGGCUCAUGCCCAACCGGUAGAUUCAGAUCCGAUGAAUCGGCCAUACACAUCUUCUUCUGCCGCUGGAGGGAGUAAGAUCCCUUCAACGAUAACCUCGUCAUUCCCUAAUUUUAGCGCGACCCCCACAAUGAGUCCAUUGACACCACAGUUGGGCACUGCCACGAUGGAUCUGACCGACUCCCUCGACUGGCUAAACUUCGACAAUUGCUUCGACAAUAUGGAUACGCUUCUUGGUAGCUCAGGGGCCGACAUGUCAAUGGAGAUGUUGCGACCGUUUGAUGAUGGUGGACUUGGAUUACUAGAAUUCCCGCAACAGUAGAUAUUUCUUCUGGCUGCCUCCCUUUUACGAUUCCAUUGAAUAGCCUCCAUGGUCGCACCGACAGAUGGAUCUGAAGCAUAUCACUCGGCUUCGAAAGCUCCCGGUCAUUUAUGAAGGCA